CCCCGCAACCCCCCCAACCCUUCUACAGCUUCAUUAUUAGAUAAAGGAAAAAUAUCUCAAAUUCCAUCAUUUCAUGCGAGAAAAAAAAUAGAGAUCCAGCUUCUAUUUUAUUUUUGGAAGGAUACUUUCUUCUUUGAAGGACUGGUGGUUCAAAAUAUUCUUUUUGGCUUAAUCCAAGAAGUGGGUCUUUUUCUUUAGGGAGACAAACCUGAAUUAGCUCUCUUUAUGAGCAAAUUCCAUGUGUGAGUGUUAAUGCUUUAUGUUUAAUAGUGUUCAGUUUGGGCUCUUUGGAAUGUGCAGUAACAGCUGUGAAGGCCGUUUCGUGCUUUUGCUUUAGUAGCCGAACCCCUAAAAAACACCCAAAAGGGGAAUUCCGAUUUCGAUUCGUAUACUCGGUUUGAAUAGUUGGCGUGAUUUCUUCUAAGAGGUUUACAGUAUAGUAAUGAAGGAAUACGUCUGCUGCCCAUGAAGUAGCCAUGAACAGGAGUCACAUAGGUUCAGUCAGCAGCUCCGAUCUCAUCGAUGCCAAGCUCGAAGAGCAUCGGAUGUGUGGAUCAAAGCAGUGUCCCAGCUGUGGCCACGAGCUCGAUGGAAAGCCGGACUGGCUUGGGCUACCAGCAGGAGUAAAAUUUGAUCCAACGGACCAAGAAUUGAUAGAACACCUCGAGGCUAAGGUUAAAGGAGAAGCAUCAAGGUCCCAUCCUCUGAUAGAUGAGUUUAUACCCACAAUAGAAGGAGAAGAUGGCAUCUGCUACACUCAUCCUGAGAAACUCCCAGGUGUGACGAGAGAUGGCCUGAGCAAACACUUCUUCCACAGGCCAUCAAAGGCCUACACCACGGGCACAAGAAAGAGAAGGAAGAUCCAAACAGAGUGCGACCUCCAGAAGGGCGAGACAAGGUGGCAUAAGACCGGCAAAACUAGGCCAGUAAUGGUCAAUGGAAAGCAAAAGGGCUGCAAGAAAAUACUAGUGCUAUACACCAACUUUGGGAAGCACAGGAAACCUGAGAAGACCAACUGGGUCAUGCACCAGUACCACUUGGGCGAGCUAGAGGAGGAGAAGGAAGGGGAGCUGGUGGUGUCUAAGAUAUUCUACCAGACCCAGCCAAGGCAGUGUAACUGGUCAGACCGGAGUAGUGCAGCAGCAGCAGCAGCAGCAGCUGGGGAGGGGAUAAUGGACAACAGGCGGGACAGUGCGAGUGGGAGCUGCUCCUCAAAAGAGGUGGUCGGCCAGAGGGAUGAGCUCACUUCCGGGGUUGGUAUCUCAGGAUACAGUGCCUUGGAGAUCCAGCAGAACAUCAAGCCAGAUAAUUUCAGCUUUGCUCCAUUUAGGAAGAGCUUUGAUGAGGUCGGCAUGGGAGAGACAGCACCGAAGGCACGAGAGGAGCAUGAGGAACAUGAGCACUUCCACACAUUACCGCAGCAUCAUCAUGUGGCUCAAGAACAUCAGCAUCGGCAGGCGCCGCCGAUUGCAGCCUUCCAUAUUAGCAGGCCUACAAACCCCAUCUCCACCAUCAUCUCGCCUCCUCCUCCACACCCAACCUCGAUUGUGCUCGAUGACCCUUACCAUGUCUCGGGGCUCCUGCUCCAAACUGAUAAGUUUCAGCAGCAGCACCAGCAGCAGCAGCAGAAGCUGGAUCAUAGAUCUACUUCUGGCCUGGAAGAAUUGAUAAUGGGUUGCACUGCGGCCGGCAUUAAAGGAGAAACAUCAAUUCCACACUCCCAAGAAUGGCAGUACUCAUACUGGUCACCUGACAACCCAGAUCAUCAUGGGUAACAACAAAGAAGAGGAAAACCAAGAAAGCUAACAGAACAUCAUUAUUAGCAUCAUCAGUACUUGGACUUACAGUGUUGUUUUUUUCAAGGAGUGAAACAAGUUGGGAGGCAGCAAAAAAAAAAAAAAAAAAGGGGUUCCCUCUCUCUUCUUCGCAAAGGGACUUGGGUAAGUAGCUGACGGCUCAGCAAGUAAAAAAAAACUAACUGUACGAUAAUCCAGGUUGGAUAGAAACAAAGUGAAAAGGUGUUGGUGAAAAAGAAAAGGAAAAAAAGCAAAAAAAAAAAAAAAAGAAGAAGAAGAAGGAUAGAAAAAGAAAAAGAAAGCUGUUGCUGUUGUUGGCAGUAGAAGCGAAGGCCAAAAUGCCUAGAGCCAAUGAACCAUGCAUCAAAAUCAACACUGCCAUCAUUACCAUAUCAUCCCCAUCAUCACUUUUCAUUGUUGUUAUUAUUAUUACUAAUUGUAAUUUUAACUAUUAUUUACAUAUUAAUUUUACUUUAUUGUUCAUGUGUAAUUUUUCCUAUAUGUUUAAAAGAAAAAAUGAGAAGAGGAAGGGAAAACAAGAAGGCUUUCCUUGAGGGGGAAC